AAAACAGCGUCGUCUUCCAAAAUGGCUGCUUACGGUCCGCAAGAUUUCGUGUUUGGUGACUUCAAUUUUGAUGAUUUUAGCGAUUUUUCCGAUCUGUCUGAGGGCGAAUACGACGUUAAUAUAAUGCCUGAUGAUGUGGAUGACAUGGACGAAGAUGAUGGCCGCGAGUUUUGUGUCUGUAAAAGAGUUCCGACGAAGGAAAUGAUCGCGUGCGACGGUGAAAGUUGCAGCGUUGAAUGGUACCAUUAUGAAUGCGUUGGCCUCACCGCGGCAACAAUCCCAAACGGCGAAUGGUUAUGUGACAACUGCAAACCAUGUUCUUCAUCUUCGUCCACUCUAAACAAUUCUGUUGAAGCUUCAUCGUCUACAUCUGAGGCUGUUUCUGCUAAAGCCAAAGGAAAAGGGGGAAAAGCGAAGAGCAAGAGCAAGAAGAAAGAAACCAAAAAGACUGCAACAAAGACACCCGCAGCUACAAAGAGACCCGAGGCCUUGUACACAAGGGAUGAUGCCGUACAGAAUGCAACCUCUUACUUCUCACAGUCUCUUACAUCAAUGCAAAAUCAUCCAAUGUUCAAUCUGGGAAAUUCCACAACUGUGCAAGCACUGCUCCUCAUCACACAGUUGCUGAUGUGCAUCAACGAACAGCAUGUACAGGAAUAUUUUACAUCGGCUGUUUCUGCACUGUGGCUGAUUUUGGAUACAAAGGACGGCAAUCUAUUGAAGGAGGAAGUUUAUAUGAACACUUGGGUUCAGUAUCAUAAGCUAAGGGGAACAUUGUGCACGAAGUGGGAGGAGCUACUCCAGUCGCAAGGAAUAGACUCUAAGGGCAAACAUGUAUACACUGUCUUUCAGUACUUAUUAUUGUCUGUUUUUCAACGUGUCAUAGAGGCUAGAAACAAGAAGGAUGCACCAGAGAUACAUGAACCACUAACUCAAAAUUCACUAGACAAAGAAGAGGAAAAAGUGCUGAGAUACGUCGGAGGCUAUAUUCCAUUCGCCCUCCUGAAAAAGUUCAGAAAACAAAAAAAUCAAACAGCAGAAGUAUUUUGUAAAUUUCUUGCUUCCUGGGAAGUAGCAGGUUCAGGAUAUGCCAAAAACUUUCUAGAGUACACCAGAGAAUGGAUUGAUACACAGAAUCGAGGUGGAUUGUUCAAGAUUUCUGACAAUGUAUAUCUUUAUUUUAGAGCUAUGGAACUUGUCAGUCGAGUUUUCUUAACGCACACAAAUUUAGCUAAACUUCAAGGAGUGGACAUAAAAGCGGUUCUGGGUAACAAAAUAUUUUCAAAUCAUCUAGUUCAAGACUACUGGAGUAAUGUAAUACACGAGAAAUUAAGUGCAGAUUAUUCAAAAAAACUGUUCGAUGUAGUGGUAAAUUUUUACGUAAAAAUAAGAUGCAAGGCAUUUAUAAAGGUGUAUUUAGACCUUAAAAAAAGGAACAGUAAAGCCGUAUCCAAGAAAGCUGAGAAAGCUCUGCGUAAAAAGUUGGAAGCUGAAAAAAAACCUGUGGAUUAAUGCAGUUGUGUGUGAAAAAGUAGCUUCAGUGUUUGAGUAUUUCAAUUAUGAUUACUCACUGUCUAUGAAGUAUCCAUUAAAUACUUUGCUAAAAAAAGAACCUGUAAGCUGAAACCGUUGUUUUGCAGAAAAACACAUACCAAUCAUAAUAGAUGAUUUUAGGCAACUUUGUUUUGGCUUUUAUAAAUAAAUUAUUUUUUUUAUUAAGGGAUGGUACAUAUCACUUUGAAGAAAUAAUUUAUCACCUCGGGGUUUAGCUCUUGCAUUUAGCUGUUUGUAUGAAACACUUCAUUAAGCAUCUUGACCUUUUUAUGUGUACAGUCGACCAUGAACAAAAUAGUUAUGAGAACAUGUAACAAGUCUGGCUUUUUUUAAAUAAUACAAUGAACAUGAAGUUGAGCAUAGAAAGCAAGUAAAGUUGGUUUUGUUUUAAUUUGUACCAUUCAUAUUAGUAAACCAAUUUUUCCCCAAAUUCACGUGUCUUCUUUGGCAAAAACAUAUUAUUGUACCACAGAUGGCACCAAAAGAAAAAAUUGAAACUAGUACAGUCGAACCUCGAUAAUAAGAGCACUGUUAAUACAAGAUUCUGGAUACAACAAGGAAAAUUUUAGGUCCCAAUUCUUUGUUUUUCAUUGUUUUCAUUCCUGAUAAUACAAGGUUCCUGUUAUAAUAAGGGUAAUCUGCCAAGUCCCAAGGACCGCUUAUUAACUACUUUCCACUGUACCAUCCUUGCUUAUUCAUUUUAGUUCAGUGUUUUCAGAAUGACAUGUGCAAUGAACAUUCCAUGUGAGACUUUGUAAAGGAUACAGACUUACAUGUACAUGUACUUCUUAUGACCUUAACAAAAGUACAACUACAAAUUUGAUUCCUAGAUAUGGCACUGAAACUAUUUAAAUAUGUAUUUUUACCAUUUAUAUUAUGCUUGACAUAUGAACUAAAAUUGAUCUGGAACACCAAAAGGAAA